CCGAAACACUCCGCCUCGUGGCAGCACUGUCUAGACGGAGUAAAUGUAUGGAUUAAUAACCUCCCCAACCGCUUCCAACCCUUUUUACCUCCGCUGUGUAACAAGGAGUUUAGCAAACCAUCUUCAGAAGUUCUCCAGCAUGUGCUUGGACUAUGAUGAACACUGCUGGAACUACUGCGCCACCCCAUGACCACCGAAGGAUUGCAUGCACGCGGCGUAUUUAAACCCCCUUGCAAGGCACUGGGGGAGUUACAGUGUGAAUUGGACUCUGACUGAGUAAAAGUUCGCCGGGGAUUGUGCUUGUGGAUACUAAGACAUACACACUUAAAAAUGGCAAACAAAGGACAGGCUCCGCACCUUAACUUGGCAGAGCUGACCGCAUCUCAGUUCCUGGACAUCUGGAAACAUUUUGAUGCAGACGGAAAUGGCUACAUUGAGGGUAAUGAGCUUGAGAGUUUCUUUAAGGAGCUGGAGGUUGCACGGAAAGGAGCAGGUGCGGACCCCUCACUCUUUAAAGACAGGAUGACAGAGUUCAUGCAGAAAUUCGACCAGAACCACGAUGGGAGAAUUGAGAUGGCAGAGCUGGCUCAGAUCUUGCCCACAGAAGAGAACUUUCUCCUCUGCUUCAGACAGUUUGUGGGAUCCAGCACUGAGUUCAUGGCAGCCUGGAGGAAAUACGAUACAGACCGCAGUGGCUUUAUCGAGGCUAAUGAACUGAAGGGCUUCCUUUCUGACCUCCUUAAAAAGGCAAACAGACACUAUGAUGAACAGAAAUUGCAGGAAUACACACAAACAACACUCAGGAUGUUUGAUCUGAAUGGUGAUGGAAAACUGGGUCUGUCUGAAAUGGCAAGACUCCUGCCUGUUCAGGAAAACUUCUUGUUGAAGUUCCAGGGUAUCAGACUGACUGCUGAGCAGUUUAAUACCAUCUUUAUUUUCUAUGACAAGGAUGGAAAUGGCUAUAUUGAUGAGCAGGAGCUGGAUGCUCUCCUGAAGGAUCUUUAUGAAAAGAACAAUAAGGACGUGGACUCUAAGAGUCUGACAGGUUAUAAGCAGAGUAUCAUGGCACUGUCGGACGGGGGGAAACUGUACCGCUCAGAGCUGGAGAUUGUUCUGUGCCGGGAACCCAUGCAGUGAAUCAAGGCUUCCUGACCUCCAUUUCAGCUCAGUUCCAGCCGCCUGACUACUGUUACCUUGUGCAUGUGCCGGGCACCCCUUCCCCUUCUCUUUAAAUGAGUUCUGAAAGAGUGUGCGCACAAAAGCACAAAAAUCUCUCCUUUCCUUUUCCACAACCCGUCGCCACUGCUUUCCUGUGCCUACGAACUAACCCAGCUAUAUGACGCCCUCUGCUCAAUUUUAAACCUAUAUAUUUAAAGAAGAGUCUUUCUGAAAGAGUUGCAGACUAAUGGUUAUAUAUUUGAAGUGCUUGGCUUCAAAUUCUUGUGGUUUUCUCCUUUCAAUUUUGUUUCUCUUUCUGUUUUUCAAUAUCAUUAUCAUUUUCUUAAUUCCUGCCAAGUUCUGUUGGGGUUUGUGGUGUUUUUUGGCUGAUACUGUUUAAAGAUGUAAUGAGAGCAUUAAUAAAAGAUAUGGGAUAUUA